AUGUCAAAAUCAUUUCUUGUAGAUGCACUUUUAACCAAGGAUAUUAGUUCUGCUGUAUGCUCUACAACUGGGAAUUACUCAGAUGGUAAUAAAAACUUUUGGACUGACCCAAGCAAUGUAAGUUUAUCAUCUAAACUUUAUUUGCCACCGCACGUUUUAUACAGAAAUCAACUAGAACUUUCGAAGUAUGUUCAGAGAAGUCUUUUCUCAUAUGCCUCCAUUGAACUUGGACGUGCACCGAAUUACGAGGAAAUAAGAAAUAUGAGACCAGCAUCAUUGAAAACUUUGUUGAAUACAAGUCCCUUGGCAAGCAAAAUCCCAUCGAAAGACAAAGACAAAAGGGAAAAUGUGACAGAAGAAAAAUUGUUGAAAAGGUCUGCUUCUUCUGAAGUGACCGAUGUUGAUUCGGAAGACCACCUCAGUAUUGAUGUUUCUAAAACCAACAAACGAGUUAGAACAGCUUUCACCAGUACUCAGCUUCUACAACUAGAAAGAGAAUUCGCCUCUAAUAUGUAUCUCUCCCGGCUCAGAAGAAUCGAAAUCUCGAAUUACCUCAGAUUAUCAGAGAAGCAAGUGAAGAUAUGGUUUCAAAACCGCCGAGUUAAACACAAAAAGCAAGGAAAUUCCACCAAUUGCCAAUGCUUGCGCACCUGCAAGCCACGAAACUCAGUUACUUCGACAAUGAACAAUGACUGGACAGCUAGCAGCUCAAAUCAUUCCGAAGAUCAGAGUAGUUUUACGUACCAAGCAGAACAUGAUGAGGAAGAACCCCAUUCAGAGGAAAACCACUUUGAUGAGAGAAAUACGCAAAUAUCAAUAUAA